AUGGAGGAAAUCUUGACUGACGAUCAUGGAAAGGGAUGGGUUGAAAAUGAGAGGGGAAGUAGAGGUUUAAGUCAGGUUAUCAAGGCGAUUGAGAAAAUUGGAAUGGAUAUGAAUAUGGAUAUGGAUAAGGAUAUGGACAUGAGUAUGGGUAUGGACAUGGACAUGUCAUCCAGCGCAGCGAACACUUCUCUAUCCCAUGCCCCGUGCAAAAUGUCCAUGCUUCUCAACUUCCACACCACAUCAACCUGUUACCUGCACCCUUCCCUCCAAGUCCAUACAUCCAUCCAAUUCCUCCUCGUCUGUCUCUUUUCCUUCCUUCUGCCCAUAAUUCUCGAAACAACCCGUCGUUAUCAACGUACCUACGAUCGGUAUCUGCGCUCCAAGAACACACAUCGUGCACAGCAGAAGUCCCUUGAAACAGCAGAUGAAGACGGAGAGGACAAGCUUCUCCUCGGACACAAUGGGAAUUCCAAGCCAGCGGAUAGAGCUGGAAUCUUAGAGUGGAAGUUGAUGCUCAUUCCACGGAUUUCCGUCGAGGUCUGGGAGCAAGUUUUAAGAGCGGGGAUUCAUGGAGUGCAGUUUGCGAUUUCUUAUACGGUGAUGAUGAUGUGGAUGUAUAGUAACGGAUAUAUCAUAAUCUGCAUCCUACUAGGUGCAAUAAUGGGAUUCGGAAUGUUCACGCGUGAUAUGCUGGAAGGCUCUGGCGCUACACAAGUAGAAAAGGGUGAGAAUGACGGGAGAGGAGAGAGUUGUUGUUAG